UGCAGAUAUAAAAAUUCGGGCAAACAGCUUUGCUCGUAUUUCGAAAGUCUCGUGUGUUUUUUCGCCUUUCAACGUGUUCUAAGAAACCGGUGUUAAAAAUUCGUAUUAAUUGGGUAGUGAUCGUCCAUGUCUUCGUAUUGAACCCGAGUGAGUGCUGUAAGAAAACGAAAGAGUAAAAAGAAUACUGCCAGGUUCAAGAAUCGUUUGUCAAAUAAAUCAACCACCUUCUAACUUGUUUCAGCUGCGCUAACGCGAACAGACCGCGAGGAUCAACGCGGCGCCAUCCUUCACGGUAAAGAUCGGAUGUGGACGUUGUGCCAUUCGACUGGCGGAACGGUAGCAACGGUGGUACCCGCGUGUUCGGGCGACCUGGCACGUGAGAGGGCAUAUUGGAUGAACAGGGGUGAUUGUCGGUGAUGGACAAUGAGCAGCCGCAUCAGGAACUGGUCAAGUGUGUGGUCGUCGGCGAUACGGCAGUUGGAAAGACCAGGCUGAUCUGUGCCAGAGCCUGUAACAAACACGUGUCGCUAUCGCAACUCUUGACGACCCACGUGCCCACUGUCUGGGCUAUCGACCAGUAUAGGAUUUAUAAGGACGUUUUAGAGCGAUCCUGGGAAGUAGUCGACAACGUAAAUGUAUCGCUACGACUCUGGGAUACGUUCGGAGACCACGAGAAGGAUCGACGUUUUGCGUACGGCAGGUCAGACGUUGUACUACUAUGCUUCUCCAUAACCAAUCCCGUUUCCCUGCGGAAUUGCAAGGCGAUGUGGUACCCGGAAAUACGACGGUUCUGCCCGCAGACUCCAGUAUUACUGGUUGGCUGCAAGAACGAUCUACGUUACAUGUAUCGAGAUGAAACGUAUCUGAGCUAUUUCCGUGACCGCAGUCCGUUCGUGAGGGCUACGCGGAAGAGUGAUCUAGUAAUGCCUGACCAAGCUCGAGCUGUUGCGAGAGAACUCGGUGUUUGCUACUAUGAAACCAGUGUUUUUACGUAUUACGGUGUUAACGAAGUCUUUGAGAACUCGAUACGCGCUGCCUUAAUUGCGCGGCGACAGCAACGAUUUUGGAUGACAAACUUAAAGAGAGUGCAGAGGCCUUUGCUUCAGGCACCAUUCUGUCCACCAAAACCUGUUCCACCAGAAGUAUGUCUGGCGCCAAGCACCUACGAGGAGAAUAUGAAAACGCUGUGGACAAAGCCGGUUCACACUGAUGUAACUUUGAUAGCCGGAAACUGCACGUUUUCAGCUCAUAGGUGUCUUUUAGCUGCUGCAUCACCUGCGUUUCAUCGCCUUUUCUCUAUGGAACUUGUUCAGGAACAAACCCCUCGAAGUUCCAGUGAAUCUAGCAUGGUGAGUACAUUUGGUGAAGCAACGGUCGGCGACUUCAAUGACGACACCGAGUGCCUGAUUCGUAUCGAUCAAUCAAAACCCGCAAAGGUUUGGGAACAACUCAAGCGCCGUUCAAGUUUUCAAGUGUUGCCCACGAUGGACAACCAAAAGAAAUCUGCUGGGGCUACCAGAGAACUUAAUCAUCCUGCUUUUCAAAACAUCCGUAUUUGUUUGACUGAAAACACAAACGGAAUGCAGCACCCAACAACCGUGGUGACGCUGUCUAAGUUAAUUACAUCGCAGGCGAUGCAGCAGUGCUUGCAGUUUAUUUAUACAGGCAGUUUGGAUAAACGGUAUCACGACUUACAAACAGCUCCUAUCGGGCUUCUACUGGAAAUUAGACAGGCGGCGGAAUUCUUAGAGCUUCCGCAAUUAUUAAUGGUGCUUGGAACUCUACAAACAAGAGACCAGUUUAAUAAUGAUCUUAACAAUCGGUAUAAACAAGUGGUGAGACAACGUUUGGAAGACAUUUGCCUAGAACAAGGACUCUUCGCUGAUGUUAUAUUUGAAUUAGACGAUGGAAGUGUUCCAGCUCAUAAAGCGAUUCUCACUGCCCGAUGUGAUGUGAUGAAGGCCAUGUUUUCCGGUGAUUUUCGUGAAAGUAGUGCAAAAGUAAUAGUGUUUCCUGGUGUACGCGAGUACACAUUUCAUAAACUGCUGUGCUAUCUUUAUACGGAUGAAGUGCCAGCAAUUUCCUCUGCCAGAUGCUUGAACCUCUUGGAACUGGCGAAUCGUCUCUGCUUGCAACGACUGGUAAAUUUGGUUGAGAGCAGAGUGAUCGAAGAUCUCGAGAGAUUGUCUCAGAACGAGGGAAAUGAGGCCGUAGAGAACUGUCUGAGAUUGCUGGAACCGUGCAAGUUGCAUAACGCCGAUCAACUAGCUGACUGGUGUAUGAACCACUUGUGCGUGAAUUACAACAAAUUGUGUAAGAUGUCUCCGCGAAGCGUGCGCCUUCUACACCCAGAAAAUCAAGAAUAUUUAAACGAGCAUCGAUGGCCUCCAGUGUGGUAUUUAAAAGAUUACGAUUAUUAUCAAAAAUGCUUGGCAGAACGGGACCGAGAGAAUAAACCGACUUUAAAAAGGAAUCGUAAUCAGUCCGGUUGUUUAUGCUUCUCCGGUACUAGCAAGACUAGAAGAGAGAGUUCAAGCGGCGGUGGAGGUACAGCCUCGUCAGCGAACAAUGAUCCGCAAGCCGAACGACCUCUGUUUGACUCAAUCGAGUCAGGCACACAGGUUGUAUGACAAGAGCCUAGCGGCUUACGCCGCUCUGUCCGAUUCAUUUUGGUCCUACCCGUGCUCAUGGUCUUCAUAUGCACCAUUUUUACUAUUUUGAUACUGCUACAGAUUUAUACUUAAAGAACGUUAAACGCCAACAACACGAUCUAUGUACUUGAGGAUGCCUAUAAAAAACCCGGUAAU